GUUCAAAUGGAUUUCUCAAAAGAAAACGUUGAUUUUCUUGCUGUUUUGGUGUUUUUCUUGUUCAUGGAAAAAGCCAUUGUGCUUUCAUGUGAAUUACCAUCGGGAAAAAUUUCACCAUGUGGCGAUAAAUUCAGUUGUCCGAAAACUUGCUGUCAAAAUGGGAAAACUCGACCCAAUUGCUACUUCCAAAAUAACGCCUACGGUGUUAUUCAGCACAACAACGGGUUAUGUAUGAAAUUGAAAGAUGAUUCCUACCAGAAUAACAACCAUCUCAUUUGGUCUCGCGACUGCACCUCAAAAAAUGCAUUCUUUCUGGUUUCAAACGAUCAUCCGAUCUUCCAUAUUGCUUCUGGAAUGUGUAUCUUGCCAAACGGACGCUUGAGUAACCCAAAAGAUAAAGCUCUCGUUCUUAAAAGCGCUCAUUCAAAUAAGGAUUCCUGCAACGCAGGCACUGUGAGUUAUCGUCCGACGAAAAAUGGCAACCUGGAAUAUUUCUACCUCGGUCGGUCGCUAAGAGUGUGCAUAGGAAGUAAAUCCGAAGGAGGUCCGAAAGAAAACGAUCGUGUUUACAUCUUGGAAAAAGCUUGUGAUGGUUUGAAUUGCUCAGAAGCAGUCAGCUAUGUGAACCAACGCAUGUUUUCCGAGGGAAAGAAUGCCGACUUAAGAUGUGAACCGUGCUCAACAAUAAAGAUAAUUUGGGCAAAUUUCGGUGUCAUGCAUACAAAUAGUUAUCCAUACGUGAUUUCCUCAAGUAUCAAGAACUGUGUAACAACAACUGCAACCAGUGUGGUACAAGGAAAAUGCGACGGAAAAACGCAAUGCUUUUUCGCUGUCAAAGAUGCUGAUUUUUUGCAAACGAACUGUCGACGUAGAACGUUUCUACUCGUCCGCUACACUUGUCGUAAAGGAAAAAUGCAAGGGAUCCGACCACCGAGUGGAAAGCUGCCAAAAUCAUCCUUAGAUGACAAGCUAGCCAUUAACACCUUAAAAAAUGUUUCAAAGAUUAAAAAUGAAGCGGAUGAUUCACAGAAAGUUGGCAACAACAGCGAAGACGCCACCACAGAUUCUACAAAAUCUGAUGAUCAGGUUUCGCUGUAUUUCUUUAUCGCGAUUGUAUCGUCGGGUGUCGUCGUCGGAAUCAAUUUUCUGAUCAUUUUAUUGGUCGGUUGCCGUCGAUUGAUAAACGGCAAGCCAUCCAAAACUCGACAGGCAAACCCAGAACCAGAAGCUGGAGUACCAGGGACCACCGGGGCCACUUCAGCCCUCGGGGGAUCCCACACACCCACCUCCCCGCGUUUCUCUGUCGAAACCGCCGUUUACGAUGAACCGUCGAACGAUAAGGUUGGAGAAAUUGGGAGAAAUUCAUCGUAUGAAAGCGUGGAUGCAAUCACGUUGACUCGAAGUGGCGCUGGCUACGAAUUGCCACACAGAAGCUACAUUAGGCAAAGUGAAGUAAGGUAUGAAAACUGCUUGUUUAAUGGCUACGCCGAACUUAAUCAAAUGAGAGAUCAAGGAAAUUACUACGCAGGCCUUAAACCAAAUUGAAGACUAAUUCUAUACCCGGGGCCAGUUGUAUAAAACCCUUCAACUACACUUUGCAUAGUUAAAUCCUAGUUAACUCAGAAAUACACAACUCUGAUUGGCAAAUUCUGUCCUUACUACAUUUAAAAGUUAACUAGUUUUUUAUACAACUGCCCUCGGUCUAUAUUUCUCGAAAUUUCACCAAAAAUAUACCUUUCCUUAAUUAACUUAGGAAAACGCUUGAAGUUGCAGAUAUUCUAUAAAUAUAAAACCCCGUUAUCAUUUGUAAUGUUUGAUGAGGUUUCCGUAGCGGACAUCGUCUUUUGAUGGAAGUAAACGAGCGAAUAAUCACAAAGCUCUGAUGUAUG